UGACAUACUUCCUCGUGUCAUGGUUAAACAAGCCUUGGGAAUCCAUUCAAGUGUAGAGGUUUAGAAGAAAAGGAGCUCUUGUACAAGAAGGAGACAUCUGAAUUUGAGCAAUUCAUCCUGUUUAGAAAUGACCACAAAUUUAGGCAUGAUGUGUUUCAAGGCAACAAUGUCACUGGCUCUUCUCAGUAUAUACAUCUUCAGUUUCCAAGUCAGUGCGUUUUCAUUAACAAACUGCACCGUCUCGGUUGAUUUAAACAACACUGAUGAGGUAAAAGUUCUUUGCUAUAAGAUGGGCUUUUAUACGGUUCCUUCCCCGAUACCCAGCAAUGCAAGAUUCAUAGACAUGUCCUUCAACUACUUUUCAAACAUCAGAGCUGGAGACUUUGAGGACCUUUGGAACUUGAGAGGUUUCAACUUAUCUAACAGUAACAUCUCACAGAUAGAAGAAGGUACUGCAAUGCAUUUUCCCAACUUGAUUAAACUUAAUCUGGCCUACAACAAGCUGAAAACAGUGUCAAGAGGUCUACUGGAUGGUCUUGUCAACCUGCAAGUGCUGCGACUUGAUGGAAAUUUAAUCGAAAGUAUUGACGAAUAUGCUUUUAACACUCUUCGGAGUUUGACCAUCCUGAACCUUACAGAAAAUAACCUCAGACAGAUUGCCAACGUCAGACCAGUGCUUUUGUCACCAAGCUUGGAGGAAUUGCUCAUCGGAAGCAACAAAUUUGACGUCUUCAACUCAUACGACCUGUCAAGGACGGCUUUGUCGCUGAAAAAAAUCGAUUUGUCUUACAAUGCAUUGACCAAGUUCCAAAUCACUGAGAACAUCUUCCCAAAUCUGGAUUACCUUGAUUUAUCACACUGUGGUCGAAACAGGACUAUGCUAUGGAAUAUUACUGAUAAGGCUUUUCUGAAUUCAGUAAAAGCACUGAAUCUGACCGGAGUACACAUGCCAGAGGAGGACCUCACUGCAGUACUUCAGAACAUCUCUUGGGCCUCCUUGUUUAUACUCAGAUUAAGUGAACUAAAAUGGAUGAACCCACAAACUCUUUUACAGUCUGGAUGCUUGCCUGGACUCAAGGUGCUACGCAUGCUGCACAACAGAAUCGUAAACUUGACGGCUCAUAUGCUCGAUCCCUGCUCUAACUUGACAGAGCUAGACUUUGGAGAUAACGAAAUAUCUAAUAUUUCUGCGCCCAUAUUUGAAGAACUAACACAGCUUAAGAAACUCUAUCUACAAGGUAAUAAACUCACCGAGGUCAACAAUUCGUUUCAAAAUCUUCUGAUGCUUGAGUAUCUAGAUCUCAGUAGAAACAGUAUUAGUCAUUUAACCUGUACAGACUUUGCUAAUUUAACACAGUUAAAUACGCUAUAUUUGUACAGCAACAAAAUUUCAAAACUUUUUCAAUGUGUGUUUAAAGAUUUAAAUAAUCUUGAAAUUUUAAAUCUGGGAACGAAUAAAUUAUUGACGAUCGACGUUGCUUUUCAACAAGACCUUCCUUCUUUGAAGUAUUUGCAAGUGACAUAUAAUAAGUUAAGCACAAUUCGCAAGAAAAGCUUUAAGAGUUUGUUUAGUCUUAGAACCCUUGAUCUCGGUGACAAUCAGAUUUUUGAGAUUGAACCACAUGCAUUUUCAGGGCUGACAAAUCUAACAGACUUGUUACUUUACUCUAACAGGAUAACGGGUAAAACUAUAAAAGACCCAGCUGUGUUCUUUGGCAUGCCUAACCUGAAAUCUCUACAACUGCAUAGCAAUGUCAUUCAUUACAAUGAUGAUAAGUUGCAAAAUCCCCCGUUUUUUUAUUUAAGUUCACUAAAAAAUUUGUCUAUUCAUAGUCAAAGACGAGGUUUUGGUCAAAUCCCCUCAAAUCUGCUUCAAGGUUUAACUUCCUUAACAAUGUUCUAUGGCGGAAACAUGAACCUGAAUAAUCUCCAUCCUAAAAUGUUCGAGUCCACUCCUAACCUUUGGUUUUUAGACCUCACAAAGAACGUGUUUGCAGACGACGACUCCAUAACCGCAAACGUUUUCCACCCGAUCCCAAAUCUGAGGAAGCUUAUCAUCAGCAGUGCUCAGAUUCAUUCUCUGAAUUUCUUAAUUAAUGCAAACCUUUCUAGGCUUACAGCCUUGAGAGCGCCUGAGAAUAAAUUAGACGUCAUCAAUCAAACGUUGAUUCAGUCACUCCCUCAUCUGACAUAUCUCGACUUGCAGCAAAACAUCUUUACUUGUGACUGCAACAAUGCUUUUUUUAUCAACUGGGCUUUAACCAGUAAUUACACCCAGGUUAUUUACCUAAAUGGAUAUACUUGUAGCUACCCUUUAUCUCUGAGAGGUAAAAGCAUUUUAGACAUGAAUGUAGAGUCGUGUAACGUGAAUAUAGACUUCAUCAUGUUUGUACUCAGCUCUGUCGUGGUUAUGCUGACUCUUCUGGGGUCAUUCAUUUAUCAGCUCUUUCGCUGGCAGGUUUUGUAUGCGUACUACCUAUUCCUCGCCUUCCUGUAUGACAGCAAACGGAAACAGAUGCACCAGCAACACGGAUUCAAAUACGAUGCCUUUAUUUCCUACAAUGUCCAGGAUGAACCUUGGGUUGUCGAAGAACUUAUUCCUAAUUUGGAAGACGAACAGGGCUGGAGACUCUGUCUACAUCAUAGAGACUUUGAGCCAGGAAGAUCCAUCAUAGACAACAUCAUGGACGGGAUAUACAGCAGUCGUAAGACCAUAUGCUUGAUCACACAUAAUUAUUUGAGAAGCACGUGGUGCUCCAAGGAAAUCCAGAUGGCUAACUUUAGGCUGUUUGAUGAAAAGAAAGAUGUAUUAAUCCUGAUAUUUCUGGAGGACAUUCCUACCUGUCAGCUGUCUCCAUAUUAUCGAAUGCGUCAGCUGGUAAAGAAGAAGACCUACCUCAAAUGGCCCAAACAUGGAGUAGACACACGGGUAUUUUGGCAGAAACUGAGAAUGGCUUUAGAGACCAAGGAAGGCCCAGAAGAUGAGAAAGCUCUUCUCAGUGGACAUGGGGAACCUGACCUUCUGUAAAGUGUAUCAUUUAUGCGUUUUUUUUUUUUUCAUAAAGGAAUUUAUUUUCAUUGCAUUCCACUCUCAAACACUGUGUCAGUGUUUGAGCAAAGUGAUGAGGAAAUAGAGGAACUGUGUCGGCAAUUUUGAACCUAAAUAGGCACAGUACAUGCUGACUUAGCCUUCAUUAUUCAGAGUAGUGCUGAACGGCACAUCUCUGUGGCUUCUAUUCCUACUUUGUUCCCCAUUGUAUUGCACAGCAGGAGUCCCGCCCCCUAGACACAAGACUGUAAUGACCAUGUACUUUUUUCAUUUCUCUUUUCAUUGCUUGCUUCUUACAAAGAGUUCACCGUUAAUGUUAAAUAAAAAUGUUGAAUUAGACGGCCACAUGACCACCAGAUUCCUCAAAUCAAUCAAAUAUUGCUUGUAUAAAUUUUAAAAAUGUAAAAAAAAAUAUAUAUAUAUAUUUGGUCAAACUAAUGAGUAAUUGUUGAAUUUUUGGAUCACACAGUGUGUCUACAUUUCCUACAAAUCUUCUUUUCGGCCUUCCUCUAGACCUAUUGCCUGGCCGUUCCAACCUCAACAUUCUUCUACCGAUAUAUUCAUAAUCUUUUCUCUGAACAUGUCCAAACCACCUCAGUCUGGCCUUUCUGACUUUAUCUGCAGAACAUCUAACAUGGGUUGUCCCUGAUUAACUCAUUCUUGAUCCCAUUCAUCCUGGUCACUUCCAAAGAGAACCUUAGCAUCUUCAGCUCUGCUACCUCCAGCUCUACUUCCUGUCUUUUUUUCAGUGAAACUGUCUUUAAGCCAUAGAGCAUUGUAUUUUCACUACUGUCUUUAACACCUUCCCCUUCAUUCUCACAAGAUCAAUAUCACACAACACACCUGACACUUUUCUCCACCCUUUCCAACCUGUCUGCACACGCCUCUUCACCUUCUUUCCACACUCUCUGUUGCUCUGGACUAUUGACCCUAAGUAAUGCACCUUCUUUACCUCUGCUUCCUGUAGCCUAACCAUUCCAUUUGGGUCCAUCUCAUUCAUACACAUGUAUUCUGU